GCGUAGGCGUUUGUAUACGCGUGACUUAUCAGUCAUGAAUAUCUUUCGCGAGUCAAAGACACAUGGAAGAGAAUUGAGAUAAUCAAGAUGCACAUGUGGUACUGGUUUGGCGUGGACCUGGACAACUUUCUGUUCCCAGGAUACAAUAUUAGUACGGUGUGGGGCCUGGUAGCGACAUGCUUGGGCUUGGCGGCACUUGCAGUGCUCUUUGAGGCUAUGAAAGUCUUUCAAAUCCAUUUACAACAAACUGUGAUCAGAUCUGUACCUAGAACGACUUCAGCUUCCUCGGAAAGCUCGUCCCUUCUAUCCAAAGUGACACUAAAGAAUUUUAAAACUUAUACAAGAUGUGGACGCUGCAUGAAAUGGAGUCUACAAACAUUGCACUGGUCUCUUCACACUACGCUUGGUUAUAUCUUAAUGAUAGCAGUUAUGACGUAUAAUGCAUAUAUCACCAUCGCUCUUGCAAUCGGAGCGUGUUUGGGAUACUGGAUAUUCGGUCCUAGGCUCAUACAAUUAAACAUGCAACGCUUUCAUCGCAAGCAAGCAAUAGCAGAAUGUGAUAAGAAUUGCGAAGAUAUUGUCUCGAAUCAACAAAGACGCGAAUCUGCCGUCUCUAUCGUUGCAGAACAAUUAGUCACCGAGGCAAAUAUCGAAGUUCACGUAUCGAGAGAUACGUGAAUUCUGACGAAUAUAGCAAUGGAAAGUCUGAUAUUAUCUAGGAUAAUAAUUGUUAUCACAUUGCAUAUUACACAUUUAUAUGUUUACAUGUUUUAUAUAGUUUUAUUAAACAUUACAAGUAAACA